UUGUAGGGAUGACUCGCACAGAGGCGCCCGACAAAGACUAUUCCUACCCGUACUGUAACGAUGUUUCUAAAUAUGAAAUUAUCUUCAAAAUCGGGCAGGGAACGUUCGGGGAAGUCUUCAAGGCUAGGGAAAUGAAUGCUUCUCCCGGCAAGACAGUAGCGUUGAAGAAGAUUCUGAUGGACAACGAACAGGAAGGCUUCCCAAUAACAGCCCUGAGGGAGAUUAAGAUCCUUCAACUGUUGAGACACGAAAAUAUAGUCACCCUUCAUGAAAUCUGCAGAAGUAAAGCUCAGGCGAUGAGAAAGUUCAAACCAAGCAUUUUCCUUGUGUUCGAGUUUUGUGAACAUGAUUUGGCCGGCCUCCUCAAAAAUCAAGAGGUUAAGUUCACUUCCGCGGAGAAGAAGAGGAUUGCUCACCAGCUUUUCAAUGGCUUACAUUACAUUCAUAAAAACAAGAUUCUACACCGUGAUAUGAAGACGGCUAACAUCCUGAUAACAAAAAGCGGCGUCCUCAAGUUGGCAGAUUUUGGACUUGCAAGAGCCUUUUCAUUCAGAGACCGAGUAAAGUAUACGAAUAGAGUUGUGACUCUAUGGUACCGGCCACCGGAAUUAUUGUUGGGAGAGCGAGAAUACGGACCCGAGGUGGAUAUGUGGGGUGCUGGAUGCAUUGUAGCUGAAUUGUGGACUGGAACCCCACUCAUGCAGGGUAACACCGAACAAGAACAACUAAACCUGAUCUGUAACUUCUGUGGUUCGAUAACCCCGGAGGUUUGGCCUGGAGUCACGAAACUCGACCUUUAUCGCAACAUGCAGCUCCCAGAAAACAAAUCCCGAAAGUUGAAAGAACGACUUCGACAUUUCGCCAGAGAUCACAAUGCCUUGGACUUACUUGAUAAACUUUUCAUUUUGGAUCCUUCAAAAAGAGCCAACUCAGAAGAUGCACUAGACCACGAUUUCUUCUGGACGGAUCCAAUGCCAGCUGAAAAUUUAAACGAAACGCUGUCCAAAUUGAGGAGCAGUAAUUUCGAUAUGUUCAGUGGGAGAAAUAACAAUCGCAGAUAUAAUUCGCACGUCGCUGGUUCUUCGAAUAUUUCACAUUCCAAAGUCUUUUGAGAAUUGGGGUUCCUCCUUAUCAACCAAUAUCAUGACAGGGUAUGUUUGUGACUGUUUCCUACAUUUGUAACACUAUAUUUAUACUUUCGCAGAUAAUUUAUUUGCCGGUAAAGACCAUUCUCAGCUGACCGUAUUUCUUUCUGUCGCUGAUGUUUCCUGUGGUCACUUUUAAAUUUAAUUUUUAUCAAAUUUUACUGUUUCUAGUCAUUGAUUUUAAUGGUUUCAAGCCUUUCCGAUUAAUCUUUGAGCUGUGUAAAGAUUUAAACUUGUCACAAUUUGAAAAACAAACGACUUUCUUUGGUCUACUGCAACGAUGAAAUUAUUUAAGUUUAUUCAUCAUUGACC